UAUAAAACACAACAAAUCAUAAAGUGCAGGCAGGGGAAGGCAGAGGAAGGAGGACGGGAGGGAGAACCGUUAGCUGCUAGCCGUUAGCCUCUGCCUACUCCUCCUCCUUCUCCUUCUUCAUCGAGUGAACGUUGUUAUUGUGUUUGUUUCGUGCCCUCCUGUCCUCCCCUCUCCUCUUUUCCUGUUUCUCCUCUUUUUCUUCUUUCUCCUGAUGAAUUCCUAUUUUGUCAACUCCUCUUUCCCGGUGACGCUACCGGGAACGGGUGGAAGCGGGCAGGCGGCGGCAGCAGAGUCAUUUUUGGGUCAGAUACCUCUCUACUCAUCGGGAUACGCCGCCGACCACCCGCUUAGGCACUACCCGGGGGCAGCAGCCGUUACCGCAGCCGUGGCAUACAGCGCCGGCGGACCCGGCGCACACCAGGACAAACCGUACCCGGCGUCCACCUACUACCAGCAGGCGGCCAAUGGAGCAUAUACCGGACACCGGGCGACAGCAGCAGCGGCGGGGGUCGGUGUUGGGGGCGCGACCGGAACCGGUGCCUGCGACUACGCCACGGCAGCGGCGGCAGCGGCGGCCGCAGCUGCAGCCACGAGUUUCUACAGGGAUAAGGAACACCCGUGCGCUCUGGAGGAGCAUCAGCUCGCGCUCAGUCAGGACGGCGUGCAGCGUAAAACAGAGUGCGUAGGGCUCAGUGCAAAGGGGCUAUUCGGAGAAACGAUGGAAGACAAACAGUCGGCGUCAGUGCCCAUUUAUCCAUGGAUGCAGCGGAUGAACGCCUGCAACGGGACCUUCAGUAGCCCCGGGAGACGCGGUCGGCAGACGUACACUCGCUACCAGACGCUCGAGCUGGAGAAGGAGUUUCACUUCAACCGGUACCUCACGCGGCGACGUCGGAUCGAGAUUGCGCACGCGCUGUGCCUCACGGAGCGACAGAUUAAAAUAUGGUUCCAGAACCGGAGGAUGAAGUGGAAGAAGGAGAACAAGCUGAUUAACUCCUCUUCUACAUCCUCUUCUUCUUCCUCGACGGCGAACGGAGCAGAUGAAGAGGAGAAACGGACUGAGUAAAACAGGACGAAAAAUAAACUGAUGUAAGACACGUAAAAGGAAGGGCAGAAUAGAAGAGAAGACAUGCUGAAUAAUGUCAUGCCUCCAAGUUUUUCAAGAGUACCCCCCCACCCCCGCAUUUUUCUCUCUCUCUCUCUCUGUUUUUUUUUUUUUUUUUUUUUUACCUGAGCAGUGGUGAAACAACGGAAUGGGGGAUUUAUUUUUAUCCCUCUUACAUCAACUCUUUCUGUAGGCUGUACUUGCCGCUCUGAGUGGUCUGAUAUUUGGUAAUAAUUUGUAAAACACUCUACAGCAACGGUUAUCUAACAGUGGAAAGGGACAAAUACGAUAAAAAGGGGGAGGGGAAAGGAGCAUGGCAUUAAAUUAAAGAAUACAAUAGAUGAAUAAAACUUUUUUAAAGGCCACCAACACAAGGCCACAAGUAGUUUUGAAACACAAUUUAUUGCUGCAUUCCGCCUCCGGUUUUUUUACUGUACUUUUUUAUGGCUAUGCAUAUUUAAUUUAUUUUUUAUUCUUUCAAAGACAUCAUGUAAGGCACUUGUUUUAGGGUUUAUAACUUGUUUUGGGGGCUUUAGAACUUGACUUCCGGCUGUUUCCUUCCCGAUUUUGUUUCUUAUUAUUUGUAAAUGUGUGUAGCCUUUAAUACCUUUAAGUACACGUGCAAGUAUGCUCUGCAUAUACACGAAGGGAGGAAAAACUAUUGGAGGUAUGUAUGUCUUAUGGUGUUCAUAUUUAAACUGUACAGAAAUAAGCAAGGGAAAAACGCCUUGUAUGGUGAAAAUAAUGUAACUACGGUUUCGGGGAAAUUUUCAAUAUCGGGAGACCGGUUGAAGCUUAGGGUGGGGUGGCAGUUGUUAACCUACUGAUGUUAUUCGCCAAACUACCUAAAAACAUUCAGGAAAGUGUAUAUUUUAUCGAUUUUUACAUGUUUUGUUUAUGUGUUAUUGUCAAGUAAUUACCUAUACUACCUAUGACAAAUGUUCAAUAAAAUGUAAAGGAAU